CGGUAGUGGCGGGAACGCGCGCGGUGGUGGCGGCUGAGUGCGCGAUGGUGGCGGGCGGCGCCGCGCGGCUGCUGCCGCUCCCGAUCCCGCUCCCGAUCCCGCUCCUCCCGCGCGCCGCCGGGGCCAGGAUCAGGGCGGCGCUGCCCGGCCGGGCGGCCGCGGGGCGCCCUGGGCUGCGCGCCGGGCGCUGGGGCGCCGUGGCCUUGGCCGUGCCCGUGGCCGUGCCCGCCGUGCCCGCCUGGAAGGAGAGGCCGGGGCAGCGGGCGCCGGCGUGGGCGGGGGAGCGCGGCGCGGAGCGGCCGCCCCGGGGGCUGCUGCGGCGCUUGGGGCUGGUGCUACGGCUCGGGGUGCGCGCCUGCGGGCUGGUACUGCGCUUCGGGCCGCUGCUGCUGCUGUACCCGCUGAGCCGGCUGUGGCCCGGCAUGGGCGCUCGGUGGCUGCGGCUGCUGCGCAGGGCGGCCGAGGCCGCCGGCCCCACCUGUAUCAAGCUGGGCCAGUGGGCCAGCACUCGCAGGGACCUCUUCUCGGAGGCCUUCUGCGAUGAGUUUUCCAAGCUGCACGUCGAGGUGAGCCCGCACCCCUGGGGCCACACCGAUAUGCUCCUAAGGAAGGCCUUCGGUGAGGACUGGACGGGCAUCCUCAAGUUCCCAAGCCGGGAGCCGGUCGGCUCGGGCUGCGUCGCCCAGGUCUAUAAAGCCUAUGCUGACCUCACUGCUGUUGCCGGCUCCUGGGCCCAGGAGCUGCAGCAACACUCGGAGUUCAGGUCCGCUUUUGAAGCGUGGGAAGUGUCAGGCUUUAGAGGUCUCUUCAAGUGGCUGAGAAGGAGGAAGAGCAAGGAGACACGGGAUGAGAGGAGCAGGGAGGAACUGAGCCUAGCAGACUGCUCCCAGGGAAGUGCCAUGAGUAGGAUGUCCCUUAUGGAGCAGAUGGCCAAACCACUCCUGAAUGCAAAUCCUUCAUCAGCCAGACAUCUCACGCCUGUAGCCAUUAAAGUCCUGCACCCUGGGCUGGUCCACCAAGUCCAGAUGGAUCUGUUUCUCAUGAAGAUGGGCAGCCGCCUCAUUGGACUUAUCCCUGGAUUCAAGUGGCUCAGUUUGACAGAGAUCGUGGAGGAGUUCGAGAAGCUUAUGAUGCAGCAGAUUGACUUACGCUACGAAGCCAGAAAUCUGGAGCGCUUCCGACAAAAUUUCCUAGAUGUCGAUUUUGUGAAGUUUCCAACUCCCCUUUGGCCUUUGGUAACAGCAGAUGUUCUAGUGGAAACGUUUGAGGAGAGUGAGCCUAUUUCACAGUACCUGCAUGCGGAGAUCGCUACAGAGCUGCGGCAGAGACUUGCAAAGAUGGGCAUGGACAUGCUGCUAAAGAUGAUCUUUGUUGACAACUUUGUCCAUGCUGACCUGCACCCUGGGAACAUCCUGGUUCAAGGCACGGCCCGUGUGAGCAGCAGCUGCAAGGAGCAGACGGCCCUCGUGGACCUGUGUGACACGCUCGUGGUGGAAGUGCAGCCGCCGCUCCGGCAGCUCUGCCUGGUGCUGCUGGAUGCAGGGAUCGUGGCGGAGCUGCAGAGCGCUGACAUGCAGAACUUCCGGGCGGUUUUCACCGCUGUGGUCCAAGGACAGGGGGAGAGAGUGGCAGAGCUGAUCCUCCACCACGCCCGCGCCAACCAGUGCCAGGACAUCGAGCGGUUCAAGGCUGAGAUGGCAGAACUCGUGACCAAAGUCCGGGGGAACACCAUUGCCCUGGGGAAGCUGCAGGUGGGAAAUCUCCUCUCAAAUGUCUUCAAACUGUUGAUGACCCAUAAGGUUUAAAAUCUGACCUUCUUUUGAACUUCCUAUGAGGAGACAGGAGAUAACAAAAUUCUCACUUGUCACAGUGAGGCAGGAUUUUACCCUAAAAUAGCAGGAAACUAGACUAACAGAUAAUCAGGUGAAUACUCAUGAGGGCCAGGAACAUUUUUUGCUUUGUGUUGCCCAACCCCCAAUAUUUUAGGAAGUUUUCAGUUACAGAACAAAGCAAACACACAUUCUAGGAGCUGCAUUAAUUUGGACACUGAAGAACAGGCUGCUUAGUGUCAACAACACGAAUACAGCGAAUAGAACCCAAGCAGCAGGUGGGGAACUCUCUGGGAUGGAGACUGUUCCCUUUCCCGUACAGUGACCAGCCCCCGUGGUGAGUCCAGCGCUACGAAGAAAACCAAAACACCCCGCACCUAAAUGUGCCUCCUUGCUCUCCACAACCUUCAGCACAGUGCCGGGGCCAAAACGUUCAGCUCUAGCCUCCCACGGUGCCAAGACCCUGUCUCCCGGAGCGAGACGCCGUCUCCUGGCAUCCUCGUAGUGGAGAAUGUCGUAGAGAGGCGUUUCCUGCAGGCGGAGCUGUGCCUUGCCUUUUCGAGCACGACUUUUGUCAAACUCAAUUACAAAGCGUUCCCUGGAGCCCUACAAGAGUAAAACAUGCGGUUUGCAAGGCAGACAUCUGGGUCCAAUUAACGGCCAAACAUUAAGUGCUAAGAGGGAAGUGGCAGUAAUCCCGGGAAGCAGGACGUGAUCUGGAAAUGCAGCUUUCCUCUUCUACCAGAUUUUUCACUGCACUGCGUCCAUAUUGGAUUUAAAAGUAAAUAAAACGCUGGGGUUUAAGGGGCUGACAGCCUUUCUCUUCCUUUGGAUUUAGAUUUUAGUAAGAACACAAUUAGCGUGCUAAGGCAGAACUUUACCAGGAAAACCUCCCAUAAGAAAAUGAGUAGCCAAAAGAAAUUGCUGUGCAUGAUGCAGUUGUCUACAUAGCAAUCAGAAGGGUAACAAACCAGGAAAAUAUCAUAACUGUCAACAAUUGAAAUGUUUUAAUUUAAGCCUUCAGCAGCGGGUGUGGGGAAGAUCUGUUACUGAAAUCUCAGCCUUGUCUGCAGAUCUGUGAGGGCACUUACUCAAAUAAUACUUUCAGCUCCUACUCCAGUCAUGCCACUCGUGCCUGUAACUGUCCCCAUCUGUUCCACCCCACACUGGAGCUUACAGACAUCCUCACCUACACUAGCAUCAAAGUUCAGUUAAAUAACCUGCAAACAGCAAAAUGAACUGGGUUUUAAAAGAAAGCCUGCAGGGCAAUUUUCUGUCUGGCAUCCAAAAUCACCCCGCAACUUCCAAAAGAUAGAUGGGAGAGAAUGAGGAAAGCUCUCAGUUUGGUAAAGAGGAAGUGAAGCCUGGAGACAGACAUUUUGGAUUACUAGUUGCUAUUUAGCUAACUGACUUUGCUGCUAGAGUGGGCAAAAGUAGACAAUAGGGAUAAGGGACCUGUUCUGUUUGUUUCUGAAUGAAACCUUAUUCUAACUACAAAAAUGGAUUGAUCUCCAGGCUCCUUUUUCUUGCAGGGUUCCUCACAGUAAACAGCCAGUCAGCAUCAGGUGAUCAGGUAACAGAUUAAAAUAGGACGUGGGGAGACAACAGUGGUUGUGAAGUGCACUGUAUCACAGGAGAGCCACCCCACAAGGGCAUGUGACUGGUGAGGAAUGAGGACAAUAGGGAAAAAACCCCACAGAUGUCCUUGCAGCACAGUUCCCAAUAAAUAGUUACCUUCACCUCUUGGGCAAUGUGGCCCAGGUAGUAAUAGCCAUCAGUUUCUCUCCUUGCCAACACACGAGCCCCCCUGACUAAACUGGACACCUCUGGGGAUGAAUCAAUGAAAUUACUCUUUGCUGAGGAUAUCAAGGGUGCACAAAGAGGACCUGGGUUCCAUGUGCAAACAGGAAGGCUGUGGAAAACAAAGAUACAAGAAGUAAUAAAGACCUUGGCAACAGAACUUCUGUAACUUACUGCAAUAAAAACAAACUAAAUCAAUAUGGAGCACACCCCUCACCCUGCAAUAACUGUCUUUGAUUCCCAGCUUUUCUCUUCUCUGCUUUUCCAGUAGCUCAUCUACAGAUUUUGAACUUACUAUGUCAUUGGACAUCUUGGCAGCAGAGAGCCAUGGGAAUCUUUAUUAGUGUGACAACACUGGACAUGUGAGAUGGACCUGGAGCUUACCUGGAAGGGGGAAGGAGGAGAUGGAAGCAGAAAAUGAGCAUGAUUUUUGAACACUUACAUCCUUAAACUGGAAUAUUGUUCAUAAAGUUUACUUUCAGUACAUUACUUCUCUCUAUAAUUCUUCCACCAUAUCUUGUAGUACUAUGCUGCUUAUCUGUAAGUUCACCACAAAUGGUUUUGAUUUUGAGAAAUCAAUUUUGGAAAGAAGAAAUAUUAAAAAAUAAAACAUAAGGACUAUAUGAUAA